UCCUGGCAUUAUCAUUAUCAUUAUUAUUAUUAUUAUUCAGGGUCUUAAUUGUCUGCACUGUUUUUUGAGCAUGCUCUGUAAUCUAAACAAUCCUUGAUUCCUGAUUUGCCCCCUUCAUCUCUAUAGUACCUGUGGUUACAGGCCUGUACUACCUUUCCCACAAAAUUAUAUUUUCCUCCUCAAUCCCACAGAUGGAUGUCAGAACUUUUGUCACUCUACCACUGAAGGACAGCUCCAGUCUAAUUGGCUUUCUAAUUUUUUUAAAUGUAGAAAGAGUCUUACCAUGUAACCCUGGGUUUUACUAUGUAACUGGCUGGCUGGGAACUUGCUAUGUAGACCAGAUUGGCCUUGAACUCAGAGCUAUUUCUGCCUCUGCCUCCUGAGAGCUGGGACUAAAGGCAUGUGCUAUCAUGGUUGGCUUUGUUUGUUUUUAAGAUUUUGUUUAUUUAUUUUAUGUAUAUGAAUGCUCUAUUUUCGUGUGAAGAGGACAGUAGAGGCUAUAGAUGGUUGUGAGCCACCAUGUGGUUGCUGGGAAUUGAACUCAGGACCUCUGAAAAAGCAGACAGUGCACUUAACCCGCUGAGCCAUCUCUUCAGCCCGUUUGUUUCUUUUUUUAAGUGUUGCUUUUUCUUCUGAUAGUAUACUUUGCAUUGGAGGAUCUUGUUUUGUUUUUAAAUUACAAAAGCUGUGGUAUACCAUAAUAUUAUGGGAAAUAAUAUUAAAUACUAUAAAUAAUAUAUUAUAAAGAAUAUUAUUUAAAUACUGCCAAAUUAUACUUAGGAGAAGGAAAUUUCUCUAGAUGUGUCAUUCAAAGAAAAUUGUUCUUUGUGUCUUGGUUGCUAUAUUGGAAAAAUAUGACUUUAGCCAGGUGUUGGUGGCACAUACCUUUAAUCCCAGUACUUGAGAGGCAGAGGCAGGCAGAUUGCUUUGAGUUUGAGGCCAGCCUGGUCUACAGAGAGAUUUCCACGACAGCCAGAGUUUUAUGGAGAAACCCUGUCUCAAAAAAAAAAAUUCUUUUUAAGAAAAAUAAAACUUAUCUCCUUAUAUUAUGUAAGUUAUAGAGAUGAAAGUCCAGUCUUCAGGCUUCACUUCCAUGAAAUUUCAUCUACCUGCUGACCCAUCUCAUGGGUCUAAAAAUGUCAUUUGUAACAAUAAAUGUCUUGUAGUUUAAUGAUGGUUGAGUAUAUCUGUAGUUUGUUUGUUUUGUCUUUAGAGAUUGGGUUUCUCUAUGUAGUCCUAGCUGUUCGGCGACUCAUUCUGUAAACCAGGCUGGCCUCAAACUCAAACUCUGCCUCCCUAGUGCUGUGAUUGAAGGUGCACCAACACCUUGUUGAUACAUAGAAUAUUUUAAAGAGUCCAGCUGAUAUGCAUGGUGGUAGUGGUACACACCUUUAAUCCCAGCACUUGGGAAGCAGAGGCAGGGAAAUCUCUGAGGUCAAGCCAGAGUACAGAGUGAGUUACAGGAUAGCCAGUGGUACCUAAUGAAACCCUGUCUUCAAAACUAACAAAAAGAAAGAAGGAAGGAAGGAAGGAAGGAAAGAAUGAAAGAAAGAUAGGAAAAAGAAAAGAAAAGCACCAAACAAACAAAGAAUUCUUUGCAUGCUAUGAAGAGAUUGGUUAAGCUCACUGGCUGCACAGCCUGGCACAUUGGUGCACGGCUGUGAUUUCCAGCACUCAGGGAGCCAGAGGCAGGCAGAUCUCUAAGAGUUUGAGGCCAGCCUAGUCUACAAAGAGAGUCAAGAACAGUCAAGGAUACACAGAGAAACCCUGUUUCAAAAAAAAUUUUAAAAUACACUGGCUGCUUAUCAAGAGGACCUGGUUUGCAUUUCAGCACCCACAUAGUGCCUCACAACCAUCUGUGACUCUUGUCCUAAGAGAUAUGAUGUCCUCUUCUGGCCUCCCUGGCAGAAGACGUACAUGGGGGCAAAAUACCCGUAGCCAUGAAAUAAAUAAAUUUAAAGUAAUAUAUGAGUUUCUGACAAAGAGCAAAAGCCACAUAAGUAUUUAUUAAAUAGCACACAAAUAAACAAGCCAGGGAAUGGUCAGUGUUUGAGAGCACUGGCUGCUUUUCCAGAAGAUCUGGGUUCAAUUCCUAGCACCCACAUGGCAGCUCUGUAGCUCUAGUUCUAGCACUUCUGACAUCAUCACAGAGACAUACAUGCAGGGAAAACACCAAUAAAAGUUACAUAUAUUUAAAAAACAAAAACAAACAAAAAACACUUGAGAAAACCAGUAAACAAGGAGUUAGAAAAUCCAUCAUCACAGCUCUUUAUUUAUAGGGCUUUAAUCCAUGUGCCCUUGUCUCCUACCUUGAUUGCCAUCCAGUGUCUCAGGGUAAACAGAAUAAAGCUCCUGUCUCUCCUCUUUGGCUUCUCCCCUCCCAGGGAAGGCCCAUAAUCUCUCAGCAUGUCAUCUUCCUUUCCUCAGCAGUGAUUAAGGGGCCCUCUCCAAAGAAGAUUAAAGUACAGUCUGUGUGGGCACUGGGCAGGGUUACUUGACCUGGAACCAAACCAUUUUGCACUCUUAGAGUCACUAUCAUGGCCUUUGUGCCAGGGAAUAGCAAGGACGAACCUUGGUCUGGAGAUAGCCCAGAUUCUUCAUGGCAUUCAGAAAGUCCCCGGUUAGCCAAUCUUCUCUCAAAAAACAGAGAAGAGAUUGGCAGACUUGAAGGUCAUGAGGAUGCUCAGGUGAGUACUACUAUUCCCUCUGUCCUGGGGCUGGUUCAUCCUAGAAUUGGGCCCAACAUCCCUGCUGUAAUUAUGCAGGUGUCUCAAAAGCCCCGCCUGCCCUCUAUUGUGGUAGAGGCCUCAGAGGGGUAUGAGGAGGACCAGGAGGACCACCAGUGGCCACAUGAGGAGUUGCUGCUGCUCACUGAUGGUGAAGAAGAGGAAGCAGAAGCCUUCUUCCAGGAUCAAAGUGAAGAGCCAGGUUGGGCCUGGAUCCCACAGGACACCACAUCUCCUCUAAGGACUUUUAAUCCUGGACUUGGCUGGGGGCAUGAACAGGAUGAGGAAGAUGCCUCCUGGAUUCCUGAGGCCACAGAGGAUCAGGAAACUCUCAACCCCUGUCCUCUUUGGGACCCAACAGGGUCCUGCAUCUACAGAACUGGAAUUGUGGAAUAUUCCCAUUUCCCACCCCCCAGUACCUUUGGUGGAGCUGAAGAAGAAGUUAUUCAAGCGCCGGAGGGUGCUGAGCAGGGAUCGGCGACGAAAGCGCCAGGUGGUCGGAGCCGUGAUAGACGCAGGGCUGACUACGAGGCACCACCUCAAGAAGCGGGCGUCCAGUGCACGUGCCAACAUCACACUAUCUGGGAAGAAGCGCAGGAAACUCCUUCAGCAGAUCCGCCUUGCCCAGAAAGAAAAAGCAGCCAUGGAAGUGGAAGCCCCCUCCAAGUCAACCAGGACUAGUGAGCCACAGCACAAACGACGACAAAAGAAGAUGAAAACGCCCCAGGAUGUAGAUAUGGAGGACCUUGGAGAUGAGAGUUAAAGUUCCUACCUCUCCUACCAGAAGAUUCUCAACAGCAGCCAGGAGCAUUUGGAGGACUUUGGAAAAAAUGUUACCAUAUUUUAUUCUCCCAGACACCUCUUCUAUAAUGGCCCUCUGACCUCCCCUGGAGGUAUAUAUGGGGAGGACACAGAAAGACUGGAGAGGGCCCUCUCUAGUAGUCAACUCCUUUUGUAAUAAAGCUCUAGCGCUUUAACUAA